GUAAGAGGACUUUGAUAUUGAUAUAAGGUGACUUGUUACACAACGAGAGUAAACGAUAUUGAUUGCUUGAUAUAAGUCACAAACCACAUCUAAUUAAAAGAUCAUUGGUAAAUUGUGCUUUCUAUCGGCGGAUAAAACAUUGGCUGCGAUUUUUUAAGCACGAACUCCAAAAAUUUACAAAAUUGGCAUAAAGGUCUGCAACCAGGCUGUAAACUUUAAAAAGCAAAGAAAUUGGCGGUGAUUUUUUGAGGUUAUAAAUUAUAUUGUUUGUUUAUAGUAUACAAAGUUAAUAAAAUGCUUGGAUAUUCUAAUGCCGGAAUUCCUGAUAAGUCCUGGCAACCACCGAUCGCGGUGCUUGAAACAUCCAUGGGCACGGUGACGGUUGAAAUGUAUUGGAGGCACGCUCCAAACACCUGCAGAAACUUUAUGGAGCUUGUCCGGCGAGGAUACUACAACAACACAAAGUUUCAUAGGAUCAUUCGGGACUUCAUGAUUCAAGGGGGCGACCCCACAGGCACGGGGAAAGGUGGCCAGUCAAUAUAUGGGCCUACAUUCGAAGACGAGAUAUCACCAGACUUGAAACACACUGGUGCUGGUGUAUUAUCUAUGGCUAACGCUGGACCCGACACAAAUGGAUCACAAUUCUUCAUCACUCUGGCACCUACGCAAUGGUUGGAUGGGAAACACUCUAUAUUUGGUCGCAUACAGACUGGAAUGGCUGUUGUCAAACGAAUAGGGCUUGUUGAGUGUGACAAGAAUGACACACCUGUUGAUGAUGUUCGAAUUGUCAGAGCGUAUAUACAGAAAUAAAUGUUUAAAGUUUAAAAAGUUAGAAUAAAUUCUUUGAAUGUUAAGAAAUAAGUCUGAUAUGUACACAUGUAAUAAUGUCUCAGAAAUUGAAAAUAAACUUGACUAUGAAGUUGCAAAAUACAAAUAAGUCCAUUUAAACGCAUUUGUAUUGUUUGUAUGAUUAUACCUCCUUAAAAUUCAAUAAAAACUUCAUUGCAACCAUGCAAUAAUAUCAGCAGAAGUUUUAGUAGUAGCAGAGCUCCUUAUAAAGUGUGUUUGUCUAAGGAAAUACUGCCAUCAUGUAGUUACGUAAUCAUUACUGCGUUCCAGUUUUGAUAAGGGUUCUGGUGAAAUCAAAGGAACAUGGGACUAGUCAACUUCGGGCUGGACCCAUUAUACCACUAAGAGCACCACUGAUGGUAUGGCGGGUAUUUUUGAAGUUGCUACUGUACUGUAA